CAGAGCAUCAGCUGUGGUGUGUCGGAGAGUGCGAAACUUCCCGCACUCCUCCUCCCCCGCGUUUCUCCCAAAUUCACUCUGACACCUUUUUUAUUUAACUUCUCUCAGGAGCAGCCACCGGUGCGUCUGUCUGAGAGCAGUCUGGGUUUUUUGUGUGUUUUUUUUUGUUCUAUUUCUGUCUGAGAUCACUGGACGCUCUCAGGAGGGUUUCCUGCCCCGGUUCGUUCAGGACAUCGGGUGCAACUGGAGUGACUCGACCAAGUUUCCCCCCCUCAUUACUGCCUGAGGAAUGAGAGGACUGCUGGAGAGGAAGAGCCGAAACUCCCAUGUUUGAAUGAACAAAAGAAUAGAAAGCGAGGGUAUUGCCGCCGAAAUGGAGGAAAAUACUCUGCCAGCAGCAAAAUCUCCCCACUCACAACUGAUCAAAAACCCCACAAGGCCUGAUCCGGAGGGGGAGAGCAGCCCCCCGAAGACAGACAACACCCAGAGAAUGGAGUCUCCAGCUAAGAAAGAUACAAACCGGAGAUUGACCACCCCCACAAAACCUGAUGUCAUUCCUCGAUCACCUGGAUCACCGGCAUCCCCUGUCCCUAAGUCGAAAAGAGACAUCAUGAGGUCAGAGGAGAGGCAGCAGCUUGCCAAGGAGCGGAGAGAGGAGAAGGCCAAAUAUCUGGAAGAGCUCAGCAAGUUACAAGCUGCUAAAAAGACCCAGUGGCUGGAGAAGGAGGAGAAGGCACGGCAGCUGAGGGAGCAGCAGCUGGAGGAGCGCCGCAGGAAGCUGGAGGAACAACGGAUCAAGGCGGAAAAACGGCGAGCUGCCCUGGAGGAGAGACAGAAACAGAAACUGGAGAAGAACAAAGAACGCUAUGAAGCAGCCAUCCAUCGGUCAACCAAGAAGACCUGGGCAGAAAUCCGGCAGCAAAGAUGGUCCUGGGCCGGGGGCCUCAGCCAGAACUCUAGCCAGAAAGAGAGCAGAUGCUCUGUGUCAACGGUCAACCUGCCCAAACACGUGGACUCUGUUAUAAACAAGCGACUCUCCAAGUCCUCCGCCACGCUCUGGAACUCCCCCAGCAGAAGUCCGAAGUUAACCAGGUCAUGGUGUACUCCUGCAAAGGAGGAGAAACUUCUGAGUUUGAAAAAAAGUGCCCGUAACCUUGCACUGAGUCCAUGGGAGAGCAGUAUAGUGGACCGGCUGAUGACGCCGACCUUGUCUUUCCUUGCUCGGAGCCGCAGUGCUGCCAGUGUCCUCAGCAAUGGCAAAGAUGGUCACUCUCCUCUCUGUCCACGUUCGGCCUCUGCCAGUCCCCUGACCCUGUGUGCCCACCAGCCCCACCACCGCUGCUCCGACCGCUGGAGGGUGACGUCCAGCACACCAGACAUCACCCAACGCCAACACAGACGGAGCUCCACACCUAUGGAUAAAAACAAGAAAGAAAAGAAAGACAAGGAACGGGAGAAUGAAAAAGAGAAAAGUGCAAUCACUAAAGAGAAGGUGCUGAAGAAGAGACAGUCUCUUCCCAGUAUGAGACACAGACCGGAUCCAAGUCCUAGUCCUUUAUCAAGACAACGGCCGUCGUCUCCAGCCACACCUAAGGGCAGAACUGCCUCCCCCAGCUCUGCUGCUUCCCCAAAGCGCACACCCACUCGUGGCAGCCCGUCGACCCCUAAAGGCCGGCCCAAAAGAGCCAGGACCCCUGCCAGGAUAGAACAUCGCACCUCCUCCCCUGUCCCCCUCGAGAGGGUGAAGGAGCCUCGCAGGCCCUCCACCCCCGAGAACAGAAAGAGCUCUCCUGUGGUUUCAAUAGUAUCCUCAACUGCUUCCACACCCCAUGCGUCAAGCACGCCAGCCACAACCACUGCCACUUCCUCCUCACCUGAGCCGGUUCACUCAGCUCCUUCGGUCCAAGCAGCGACACCUGCACCCUCUCCGUCAGCCAAGCCCAUGGCAGGCACCAACGAUCCAGAGGAGGCGGCUCGCAUCCUGGCUGAAAAACGGCGGCAGGCCCGUGAACAGAGGGAGAGGGAGGAGCAGGAGCGCCGUGAACAGGAGGAGAAGGAGAGGAUCCUGAGAGAGGAGCGAAUAGCGAGGGAGGCAGAGGAGAGACGCCUCAGGGAGGAGGAGGCCCGUGCCAUGGCCGAAGAGCAGCGGAAGAGGGACGAAGCCCAGCGCCUGCAGGAGGAGAAGGAGGCUGAGGAGAAAGCCAAAGCUGAGCAGGAGGAGAACCUUCGCCUGCAAAAACAGAAAGAAGAGGCUGAGGCUAAAGCUCGAGAGGAGGCGGAGAAGCAGCGCCUGGAGAGGGAGAAACACUUCCAGAAGGAGGAGCAGGAGAGGCUGGAGAGGAAAAGGCGUCUGGAGGAGAUCAUGAAGAGGACACGCAAGACAGAUGGAGGCGACAAGAAAGAGACUAAGUCCUUCCCACUUGCACAAGUCCACAACAAAGAGGCAGAGAGCAGCAAAGGAUCUGCUGACUACCAGCCAAGGCCUGAGGUCAACCUGCCCAAUAACAAGACAGAAAAUGGACAAACCAAUGUCAGAGAGAGCUCCUCAGUUGUGAUUAAUGGGGUCCAGCCCACCAGACAAGAAAAUGGUCUGUCCACUAAAGGAGACACUGCCCACUUUGAAGACCUCAUACACCUCGCCAACCAUGGCAACACCACCAAUGGUGCACGGGACAAGUCUGAGACCAGCAUGUCCACCGAGCCGAUCCUCACUUUCGAAAGCGAGGAGUCAUUCAUAAAAAAAGCAGGCCCCAUGAAGCCUCAGCAUGUUGCAGAGGUCCUGUGACAUGUUCCAGUGUUGAAGUGUUCGUCGCCUUAGGCCACUGACCUUUUUCCCAGCCCUGCCAGCGCUCACAUGGGGAGCCCUGUGACCUGUGCCAAUCAACAACCUUUUUCUAAGCCUCUAAAAGGAAACAUACAUACUUCUCUCUGAAGAUAAGGGGGCUACUGAAGAUGAUGACAAAGCAUCAGGACGCAAGCAACAGACAAGACAGGAUGAAAGGUGUUGCUGCAUGCAACACAGGUGCAUCAGUGUUAACAUUUGUAAAGAUCUUUGUGGCACCGAUACCAUGCACCUUAUUACUCAACAGUGUCAACCUUCGUACAUUACAGUACAGCUGAGUAAUUAUUACGAUAAGCUGAAAAAGAAGUGUUUGUUUUCUUUGUUCUUUACGUUUAGUAUUUAACUGAAAGAGAAAUAUAAAUGACUGGGUACAUUUUUGUGAAUAAUGUAAAUGAACUUUGUGUGUUGGACAAAGGAGGGAAGGAUCUGCAGGUUAAAGUUGUAUGAAAGGGAGUCAGUUUAUGCUACUCUGCUGUGAGUAGACCCUCUAAAUAAAAACCAGGUAUUAUAUACAUCCUGGUCUGUAAAAAGCUACCUGUAACAGUUUUUGUAAAGUUAAACUGAAAAAUCUGGAAAAGAGAUUUGAAGUUCAAAUGCAACAGCUUCUCACUGUGUGUAAACAUACUGCCUGUUCAUACCCAAACCUGCUCAGCUAUGAUUGAUUGUAUGCAAAACUGGAUGUAAUAAUGAGUGUGCAACCUUGACAAAUAGGAUACCAGAAGUCAUGUAAGGUCACUAAGCCCUACCAUUUUACAGUUAAAUCUGCUUUUUUUACAUGUGCAGCAUGACUCCGUUUUUUUCUCAUUUGCAUUGAGAUUUCAUGAACUCAUAUGUAUUUGAAAUGCAGGUGCGUGUAUAUGCUAUAAAUAUAUUUUGAUGUGCGUUACAAGGUUAGUGGGAGUAUCUUAAGUCUUAUUAAAGACAAGCUGUCCAGUC